AUGCACGGCCGAUGUAAUACUGUACGGCGGAGGGCCGGGGCCGAACGAUGGACUAGGCCCAAAGGGGAGGGUCUGGAACGGAUUGGCGCUGGACGGGGUAGAGGAACAGUGGUCGGAUGCGUUCAUGGAUGUGCGAGGCAACGUCAGACGUCUUAUGACACAGGCGGUGGGCGUGGUGGAGGGGAUGCGAUGACGUGCGCGAGGGAAUGGCACGGAUGGCAUUGCUGA